CUCUCACUUUCGCCACCGCAGCCAUGCCCAAGCUGCACGUGACUGUAGUGGGCGAAAACGGGGAGAGCACUGAGUACCAUGACGUGCAGCAGACAAACAAGAAGGUCAUGGGCGAGGGGCUACACAGACUCGGCUCCAAGAUCGGCAUUGCCCGCUCCGAGUGGGAGAGCUACCUCGUCCACAUUGGCUCGUCGUCAGGCUCACUCGUCGACUGGUCACAGACCACAAAGGCCCAAGGCAUCGUCAACGGAUCGUCUCUCGUCUGCACCUGGGUUGGCUACGGUGCUGGCCUCUCUUCUGAUGUCGUAGCCGGCACUGCCCCGGCAGCCACCGAUGCGGCCACCGCCAAGUCCAAGUCCAAGACCAAGGCCAAAGCCGACGCCAAGGCCUGUAACGGCAACGGCAAGGGCAAGGGCAAGAAAAAGGUGUGCACCGUCUGCGAUGCCAAGCUGGGCAAGGAUGAUGUCAAGCGCAAGUACAACCAAGUCUGGUUCCACAAAUCGUGCUUUGUCUGCUCCACCUGCUCAAAGGCUCUGACAAAGGCCCGUGCCCGCCUCUCCUCCAACUCGCUCUUCUGCAAGAAGCACCUCCGCGCCCACCUCCGCACCCAUCCAUCUGCUACAGACGACACCCCAGGCCUCGACGACGCCGAUCGCUUGCCGAACCCUGCCUCCAACACGGCCCUGACCCCGGCCCCGACCCCGGCCCCAUCGCCGCCCUGCACCGCCUGCAAGCAGCCGGCUCCUGCCGCCGCGGCAACCGUCCUUGACUCGGGUGCCGUCUACCACUCGACCUGCCUCAUCUGCUCGGUCUGCUCCCGCUCGCUCGGCCCGGUCACCUCGCACAUACGCGAUGGCACCAUCUUCUGCCGCCGCCACGCUCGCGAGGCCGAUACCCUACCUACUUCCUCCUCUGUACCGGCACCUGCUGCCGACCCAACAUCAAUUUGUCCGGCUUGCAGCCGCCGCGUCUACUCGCUCGACGACUCGGCCCAUCUUGGCGGCGUCAACUACCACGCCAAAUGCCUCGCCUGCUCCCAGCCACACUGCACCCUCCCGCUCACCUCGAUCUCCGCCCGGAUCCUCGAUGGUGCCGUCCUCUGCCGCGACCACUUUAAGGCUGCGCGCGCCGCUGCUCCACCCCCUACUCCGGGCCCCGCUCCUACCGCCGAGCCCGAGCUUCAACCAGAUUCAGCUCCAACCGCCGCCACCGCCGCCGAUGCUCCGGCAACGUGUCCGGCCUGCCGCCGCCGCAUUUACUCGCUUGACGUGCCCGAGGUCAUCGACGGCGUUGCCUUUCACAAGAACUGCCUCGAGUGCUCCAACUGUCUCCGCAAGCUCUCCCGCUCUGACGUCCGCUGCCACAAGGGCGCGCUCUACUGCGCCCGUCACCACCGCGCCGCUCUCCGCAACGAUCCCGAUCCCAAUCCCGAGCCCGCCACCCGGAUCACAACCCCAGACCCGACCCCUACCUCGGACCCGACGCCCACUCUUCCCGAGGACUCGGUCUGCCCCGCAUGCUCCCGCAGCAUGUCCGCUCGCGACGCGCUCCUCCGCGUUUCCGGCACCGAGUACCAUCGCGACUGCGCAAAGUGUGCCGACUGCGACCAAAGCCUCUCUGAGAUUUCGGCCCGCUCCCUCGACGGCAUCCUUCUCUGCUCCCGUCACCUCCGCGCUCGUCAGGAGCCGACUCCCUCCGCCAACUCGUCGUCCUGCCCGACAUGUUCCCGCAAGAUCUACAAGCUCGACCCCAAACACACUGUCGAGUCGGUCACCUUCCACUCGGCAUGCCUCCGCUGCGCCAAGUGCGACCGCACGCUCUCCAAGAUCUCCGCCCGGCUUGGCCCCAACGCCACCCUGCUCUGUUGCUCGCGCAAGCUCUACACCAUGGACAGAAAGACCUCCAUCGACGGCACCAACUACCACGCCGACUGCGCCAAGUGUUCCCGCUGUGCUAAAUCGCUCUCGGCCAUCACCGCCCGGCGCCACAACUCGGCGCUCUACUGCGGCCGCCACUACCGCGACGAGCUCAAGGGCAUAGAGCAGCCACCGUCAUCGUCUCCUCUCGUUCCCGCCCACGCGCCGUCUCGCCCACCUCCCAACUCGUGCCCGUCAUGCGCCAAAUCCAUCUUUGCCCGCGACCGCACCCUCUCCCUCGCCGGCACCACCUACCACGCUGGCUGUGUCAAAUGUGCCCAGUGUUCGACCGUCCUCAACGCAAUUUCCGCCCGCGACCACAAUGGUACCGUCCUCUGCGGCCGCCACUACCGCGCCAUGCUCAAGUCCGACGACUCACCAACGCCCACGCCUGCAGCCAAGCGCAAGCUCCCGCCCGGCGUUAUGGAGAUGUUCGGCGACGACAUCGCCGCAGAGCGUGAAGCUCGCAAGACCAAAGCUGAACGCGCCGCAGAAGUUGUCGGCGCCAAAGCGUACUCCUCCGGCACUGUCCGCCCCUCCGAUCGCAAGCGCGCUGAACGCGCCGCCGCCCGCAAGCCGCCCGCCAAGACAAAGGCCUCGCCAGCGGCCGCCAACCCAUUUGCCGGCAUGAAGAUGGACCUCGCCGCACUCAUGGCCGCCGCAGACGCGCCGGCACGCGACACCUGCCGCGGCUGCUCGGGCGAGCUCAUUGGAAAGUUUGUCAAGACCUCCAUCGGCAAGUAUCACAAAAACUGUGUCAAGUGCUCAAGCUGCGCCGCAGCCCUCACUGCCAAGUACAUCGCUAAGGACGGCGCACUCUUUUGCAUGCCAUGCAACCCGGAUGCCCGCGCAACGCCCACCCUCUCGUCAUCCAGCCUCUCCUCGUCGGGCACUGCCGCCGCCAAGUGUUGCCAAUGCUGGAUGGCCAUCGCUGCCGGGGCUCCGCGGCGCGACACUUCGGCCGGCCCCUGCCACCCCGAGUGCUACCUCUGCGCAGAGUGUGGCGCCGGCCUCUCCGGCGACAUCGCCGUCCACGAGGGCUACUACUACUGCCAAAAGUGCCUCAACACGCCCAAGGUCCUCCUCAGCAUGUUUAUGAAGGACGGCAAGCUCAUCAAGCCGUAA